GUAACCUUCUUCCACCACCCACCCACCCCAAAAAAAAAACAAAAAAACACCCCUGAAGGUUUAUUUAUAUACUCACAUUCAAAACCUUCCUCCUCCCCACAUAGAUGUUCACAUUCACAUUCAAAAACUUCUUCCUCCCAACACCAACCCCUCCCCCAAGGUUUACAUAUAAAUUCACAUUCAUAUUCAGGACCUUCUUCCACCCCUUACUGCUUUUGAAACCACUACCAGGUUCGGUCCACCAUGAAGCUUAACCACAUGUGCUUCAUUUUACCAGCAGAAUCUGUUGAGAUGGAGAUGGUGGAUCACAAGCAAGAGGUCCAAGACCAUAGGCAAGCUAAGAAAGAUUCAUCUGAACGCCAUUGUGGGGCUCGGAUUCUUGGUUUCCUUAGUGAAUUACUUCAGGGGUUCUUUGACUCAAAAUGGGUGAGUUUUUGUCACCAAGAAGAACUGAAAAAACAACCCUCAGGCUUGUUCCAGGACAUGGAAGGAGUCCAAUUCUCAGAAAAGAUUGGUGGCGACAAUCCGAGGAUAUUCAGCUAUGCUGAGCUCUACAUAGGAUCAAAGGGAUUUUGUGAGGAUGAAGUUCUUGGCAGUGGAGGGUUUGGGAAAGUGUACAGAGCAGUUUUACCUAGUGAUGGAACAGUGGUUGCCGUGAAAUGCUUGGCAGAGAGAGGAGAGCGGUUUGAGAAGACAUUUGCGGCUGAGUUGGUGGCAGUGGCUCAUCUCCGCCACCGGAACCUUGUCCGCCUCCGUGGAUGGUGUGUUCAUGAAGAUCAGUUGCUUCUUGUCUAUGACUACAUGCCCAAUCGGAGUCUUGAUAGAAUACUCUUCAAAAGACCAGAAAAUAUGGCGUCAACUACUCUUACUUGGGAGCGUCGAAGAAAGAUUGUUAAAGGGUUGGCAGCUGCGUUGGUCUAUCUCCAUGAACAGUUGGAGACUCAAAUCAUACACCGAGAUGUGAAGACGAGCAACGUGAUGCUUGACUCUCACUAUAACGCGCGGCUUGGUGAUUUUGGCCUGGCUAGGUGGCUCGAACACGAACUUGAGUACCAAAUUAGGACACCAUCAAUGAGGAAUCACCAGUUUCGGUUAGCAGACACGACCAGAAUUGGUGGAACAAUUGGGUAUCUACCACCGGAAAGCUUCCAAAAGCGAAGCAUUGCCACUUCAAAAUCUGAUGUUUUCAGCUUUGGGAUUGUGGUUCUAGAGGUUGUGUCAGGACGAAGAGCGGUGGACCUCACAUACUCAGAUGACCAGAUCAUUUUGCUUGAUUGGAUCAGAAGGCUUUCUGAUGAUGGGAGGCUUUUACAAGCAGGGGAUACUAGGCUUCCAGAUGGGUCUUACAAGCUUUCUGAUAUGGAACGGUUUGUUCAUCUCGGUCUUCUCUGCACGCUUCAGGACCCACAAUCCCGGCCUAACAUGAAAUGGGUUGUAGAAGCACUUUCUGGAAAUAUUCAUGGCAAAUUUCCGGAUCUCCCAUCAUUUAAAUCCCACCCGCAAUACAUUUCUUUGUCUUCCCCAACCAAUAGUAGCACUAGCAACACAACCAACACGAGGUCCACCACCAUCAUCACCGCCAGCACCACCACCACAGCAGCUGCGUCCAAUUCAUCAGUCUUUUUCACUGCCACGGGAGAAACCAUAUAUGCAAGUGCUGAAAGCGAAAAUAGUGAUGUCAGCUCUUCAAACAACAACCACCGCUAUUCAGACAACAGCUACCGUCGAUCAAACAUUUUCCCUAUGGUUGACACUCCGCAUGAAAUAGCCUUUAAGGAAAUCAUUUCUGCCACAAACAAUUUCUCAGAUUCUCGGAGAGUAGCAGAGCUAGACUUUGCAACUGCCUACCAUGGCUUCCUUGAAAACCGCCACCACGUCCUGGUUAAGAGGCUAGGUAUGAAGACCUGCCCUGCAUUGCGGAUGCGUUUCUCCAAUGAACUUCAGAACUUAGGCAGGCUCCGCCACCGAAAUCUGGUACAGCUCCGUGGAUGGUGCACUGAGCAAGGUGAGAUGCUAGUCAUCUAUGAUUACUUGGCAAAUCGUCUCCUAAGUCAUCUCCUCUUCCAUCAUGAUCAGAAGAACUGGCAAUCCAUGCUUAGCUGGCGCCAUCGAUACAACAUAAUCAAAUCGCUUGCUUCUGCUGUUCAAUAUCUCCAUGAGGAAUGGGAUGAGCAAGUUAUUCACAGAAAUAUUACCUCAUCUGCCAUUAUUGUCGAUCCAGACAUGAACCCAAGGCUCACUUCCUUUGCCCUUGCAGAAUUCUUGACACGAAACGAACAUGGCCAUCACGUAGUUAUUGACAAAAGUAAAUCAGUUCGUGGAAUUUUUGGUUACAUGUCACCAGAGUAUAUGCAAUCUGGUGAAGCAACGACAAUGGCAGACGUAUAUAGCUUUGGUGUAGUGGUGCUAGAGGUGGUCAGUGGACAGAUGGCUGUUGAUUUUCGGCGGCCUGAGGUGCUUUUGGUGAAGAGAGUCCAUGAAUUCGAAGCACGAAAAAGGCCUUACAAGGAAUUGGUAGAUUGGAGGUUGGAUGGAGAGUAUGAUCACAAUGAAAUGGUGAGGCUAAUGAAAGUAGGAAUGGCAUGCAUACGCACCAACUCAGAAUUACGACCAAGCAUGAGGCAGAUUGUCAGCAUACUCGACGGUUAUGACAGAUGCUUCAUGGAAGAAGGACAAAAGAAGGAGAGGAGAGAAGAUUGGAAACAAAGAAAUGCUUCUUCUUUGUCAGUGAUAAAGAGAAUUCAAGCUCUAGGAAUACAAUGA